CAGAUAACAGGGAAGUAUGAAGGAAAUAUAAUAAGAUCAAGAAUUUCGAGGGUUUAAGAGAAGUGCAGGCGAGAAAUUGAACUCCCAGCAACGCUGCUGCAGGUACGAACACCAACCUUGCAAUGAUUACGCCCUCAACCUGGCUCCGCUACGUUGUCAGCAAACUCGAGUACUCCGUCUCUCUCACCCGGAAGGCCUAUGGACGAAGCGAAGUCGCGGAUUCUGACAGACUCGAUACCAUAUUGAAAACUGUAUUUGUAGGAAGGUUGACUUUCUUGCAUCGGAACAAAGGAGAAGAGAUGGCCCCAACAAUUGGGACUCACGGUGGAACUCUUCUUGUUCGCAAAAUUCCAGAUGCAAAUCCAAUGAGGGUUUAUGUUGGAGAUGUGGUAGUGCUGAAGGAUCCUAUGAACUCAGACAAAUAUCUUGUUCGGCGGCUCGCUGCUGUUGAAGGGUAUGAGAUGGCUUCUACUGAUGAAAAUGAUGAACCUUUUGUCCUUGAAAAGGAUCAAUGCUGGGUAUUAGCUGACAAUGAAAAUUUGAAACCCAAGCAGGAAGCCUACGACAGCAGAACAUUUGGUCCAGUGACUAUGUCCGACAUAGUUGGUAGAGUCAUAUACUGCCUAAGAAAUGCUGUGGAUCAUGGACCUGUAAAUAAUAGCCGUUUUAGCGCGAGCCAAGAUUCACCCGUUCUAGAAAUGGAACUUGAUGUUGAUGAGAUGGCAAAAAAUCAUAAAGAAUAGAUUUUUGCGAUAAAAAUGAGGCUCUAAUCCUCUCCAGUCCUUUGUACUUCUUCUCAUUCAGCAUCCUCCUUGGACCUUUUUCCAGUCUUAAGUAUGAAAUAAGCAUAUUAUAUCCUAUAAGUUCAUCAUUGACAGAUGCUGACCUCCUGAAUGGGCAUAGUAUGGAAUGUUGAGUUCACAAUUGCUCCGAGAUUAGUUGUUUUUUUUUUUAUGAAGUUUGUUAAAACUCUCUUAACUUAAAUUUCGUCGAUUUAGUUUC